AUGUGGCUGCUGCAGCCCCUCUUGCUCUGUGUUCCCUUGUCUCUCGCUGUGCGUGGCCAGCAGAAGCCCCAGGUACCAGAUUAUCCCGGGGAACUCCAUUGUGGGCUCCAGAGCCUUCAGUUUGCCAUAAACCCGAGCCCCGGGAAAGCGACUCCUGCACUCAUAGCCUGGGACAAUCGCGGGCUGCCACACAGGCUGCAGAACAACUCCGGCUGCGGUACCUGGGUAAGGGAGAGCCCGGGGGGCUCCGUGCUGUUAGAAGCGUCUUACAGCAGCUGCUAUGUCACCGAGUGGGUGAGCACGACCCAAUCCCCAGGAACGUCGAGGCCCCCCACCCCAGCAUCCAGGGUGACUCCCCAGGACUCCCACUACGUCAUGACAGUCGGAGUUGAAGGCACAGAUGCGGCUGGGCGCAGGGUUACCAAUACCAAGGUGCUCAGGUGUCCUAGGAAUCCCCCAGCACUAGAAGCUCCAAACGCUGACUUGUGUGACUCUGUCCCAAUGUGGGACAGGCUACCAUGUGCUUCUUCACCCAUCACUCAGGCAGACUGCAAUAAGCUUGGUUGCUGCUACAAAUCAGAGGCAAAUUCCUGUUACUAUGGAAACACAGUGACCUCACGCUGUACCCAAGACGGCCACUUCUCCAUCGCCGUGUCUCGGAACGUGACCUCACCCCCACUGCUCUUAAAUUCUCUGCGCUUGGCCUUCGGGAAGGACCACGAAUGUAACCCUGUGAAAGCAACACGUGCCUUUGCCCUGUUCUUUUUUCCAUUUAAUUCCUGUGGCACCACGAGAUGGGUCACUGGAGACCAGGCAGUAUAUGAAAAUGAGCUGGUCGCAGCUAGAGAUGUGAGAACUUGGAGCCAUGGUUCUAUUACCCGUGACAGUAUCUUCAGGCUUCGAGUUAGCUGCAGCUACUCUGUAAGGAGCAAUGCUUUCCCGCUUAGUGUUCAGGUGUUUACCAUCCCACCACCCCAUCUGAAAACCCAGCAUGGACCCCUCACUCUGGAACUCAAGAUUGCCAAAGAUAAGCACUAUGGCUCCUACUACACUAUUGGUGACUACCCAGUGGUAAAGUUGCUUCGGGAUCCCAUUUAUGUGGAGGUCUCUAUCCGCCACAGAACAGACCCCUCCCUGGGGCUGCUCCUCCAUAACUGUUGGGCCACACCCGGCAAGAACUCCCAGAGUCCGUCCCAGUGGCCCAUUCUGGUGAAAGGAUGCCCCUACGUUGGAGACAACUAUCAAACCCAGCUGAUCCCUGUCCAGAAGGCCCUGGAUACACCAUUUCCAUCUUACUACAAGCGCUUCAGUAUUUUCACCUUCAGCUUUGUGGACACCAUGGCAAAGUGGGCACUCAGGGGACCGGUGUAUCUGCACUGUAAUGUAUCCAUCUGCCAGCCUGCUGGGACCUCCUCCUGUAGGAUAACCUGUCCUGUUGCCAGGCGAAGAAGACGCUCUGACCUCCAUCUUGACAGCAGUACUGCUAGCAUCUCUAGCAAGGGUCCCAUGAUUCUACUCCAAGCCACUAUGGACUCUGCAGAGAAGCUCCACAACAACUCAAGUUCUAUAGACUCCCAAGCUCUGUGGAUGGCAGGCCUUUCCGGGACCCUAAUCUUUGGAUUCUUGUUAGUGUCCUACUUGGCUAUCAGGAAACGGAGGUGA